CACGCGCGCGAGUUUCUGGCAAAAAGCAGGCGAGCCCGGGCCGGCGCGGGGCCUUGUGGGAGGGCUUAAGGAAGUAAAAUGGCGGACCUGGCGAACGAAGAAAAACCUGCCAUUGCUCCGCCAGUCUUUGUGUUUCAGAAGGAGAAAGGACAAAAGUCCUCUGCAGAGCAAAAAGACUUGUCGGAUUCGGGAGAGGAGCCUCGGGGGGAGGCUGAGGCCCCCCACCAUGGCACGGGUCACCCCGAGUCAGCUGGUGAGCAUGCCCUAGAGCCUCCUGCCCCCGCUAGCGCCUCAGCCAGCACUCCUGAAGCCCAGCUAACUCCUUUCCCGCGAGCACUGGCAGGGAGGCCAGCUGGAGGCUCCAGCCCUGAAGGUGGAGAAGAUUCUGACCGAGAAGAUGGAAAUUACUGCCCCCCCGUCAAGCGAGAAAGAACAUCUUCUUUAACCCAGUUCCCACCGUCACAGUCAGUAUCAAAAAACAAUGUUUUUAUGCCAUCAACCUUCUGCGAGCCGUCUGCAGGCAAUUCUGACUCAGAACCAGAGGAAAAGAGCAGCGGGUUCCGGUUGAAGCCGCCAACGUUGAUCCACGGCCAGGCGCCCAGUGCAGGUCUGCCGAGCCAGAAGCCCAAGGAGCAGCAGCGGACUGUGCUUCGCCCGGCAGUGCUGCAGGCCCCGCAGCCGAAGGCUCUGCCACAGACGGUCCCCAGCAGCGGCACCAACGGGCUCAGCACCCCGGCGGACUGCACGGGGGCCGCGGCGGCCCCCUCGCCCGACACCCCCGCACGGAGGAGUCCUGACGAGGCGCCAGCCCCUGAGGAGAAGGAGCCCCAGAGGAGCGAGGCUGGCCGCGCCGGGGAGGAGGACUGCGAGAGAGCGGAGCGCGCCCGGCAGGCGUUCGUGUUCGGGCAGAACCUGAGGGACAGGGUCAAGUUAAUACACGAGAACACUGAAGUCGCCGACAUGGAGAACGCCGGGCCUCCCAGCUCAGAAACGCCAACUGCGACCAACUACUUCCUGCAGUAUAUCAGCUCCAGUUUAGACAACUCGACCAACAGUGCCGACACCACCAGCAACAAGUUCGUGUUUGGCCAGAACAUGAGCGAGCGCGUGCUGAGCCCCCCCAAGUUAAAUGAAGUCAGUUCAGAUGCCAACAGGGAAAACGCAGCUGCUGAAUCCGGGUCCGAGUCCUCGUCCCAGGAGGCCACCCCCGAGAAAGCCAAUAACAUUUCAGAGUCCCUGGCCGAGUCGGCAGCCGCCUACACCAAGGCAACGGCCCGGAAGUGUUUGCUGGAGAAAGUGGAAGUCAUCACCGGGGAGGAGGCCGAGAGCAAUGUGUUACAGAUCCAGUGUAAGCUGUUUGUCUUCGACAAGACCUCGCAGUCCUGGGUGGAAAGGGGCCGGGGGCUGCUCAGACUCAACGACAUGGCCUCCACCGACGAUGGGACGCUGCAGUCCCGACUAGUGAUGCGGACCCAGGGCAGCUUACGGCUGAUCCUCAACACCAAGCUAUGGGCCCAGAUGCAGAUCGACAAGGCCAGCGAAAAGAGCAUCCGCAUCACAGCCAUGGACACUGAGGACCAGGGCGUGAAGGUCUUCCUGAUCUCAGCCAGUUCCAAGGACACGGGCCAGCUGUACGCGGCCCUGCACCACCGCAUCCUGGCGCUGCGCAGCCGCGUGGAGCAGGAGCAGGAAGCCAAGCCGCCCGCCCCCGAGCCCGGGGCAGCGCCGUCCAAUGAGGACGACAGUGACGAGGACGUCCUGGCUCCAUCAGGGGCCACCGGAGGCGGUGCCGGCGACGAAGGGGACGGGCAGACGGCCGGGAGCACAUAGCGCCAGGAGCCGGCUGCCCGCGAGCCUGCUGCUUUGUCCGUCUGUCCGCCCGCCCGCCCGCCGGCAGUGUUGAGGCGUGGGGCGCGGGAACCACACUCCCCGCUGGGUUGGCCACAGUUCGGAUCCGCAUGUCCCGUUCAGAAGCAGACUCGGGAACUGCCUGAAUGUGGUUUGGGACACGAGACCUCAUCAUAUUGAUGAGCAAAAAGAAAAACAUUUCUUCUCUCCCCUCCUUUGAAUUGAAAUGGCACAUUGAGACUUGUCACGCCUCCUCUCACUGGGACUGGGACACCUUGUUUCUUCACCCCUCCCUCCUCGUGUCCCCGGCCGCCGCCGCCUGCCCAGCCGCCGGGUCUGUCCACGCAAGUGUGAGCGCUGGGCCUGCUGGACGCUGUUAACCACCGUCUGGACCUCCCGUUUCCCACACUCUGACCUGGGGCUUACAUUCUUAGACCUUCUUCUCCCCAAGGCUUCGUGUUUGGUUUCUUAGGUUAAGACUCCCUUGGGCAUCGAUCGGGCACAGCUCCAUCCUGGCCCACCUCCUCCCCUCCCCGGGCUCCUGGCUCUGUGCUGGGGUCAGGCCCCCCUCGGUGCCCUGCCCAGGGGUGCUGAGGGCUUGGGCCCCAGACCUGGAGAGAGCUUAUCUAGAAGAGGGUCACUGGACCUGGGUGGGGACCUGUCCCCAUCUCGUCGGUCACCUGUCAUCUGGCACCCAGGCACAGACCUCUUGCCGCCGGCCAUUCCUUGCCCGGCCCUGGACCUCACCGCCCCCAAGACCAUCCAGGGCUGGGGGCCUCUGUGAGAGGCGGAGGCGGACCUUAGCAGGGCCUUUGGGGAGGGGCAGGGGACUGGUUCCCGGCAACCAGCCACCCCCCACAGGAGCAGGCGCCGUGCCCACCCCAACCCUGGAGCACAGCCAAGAGCCAGCCGGGCAUCAUGCACCUGGGAAGGCCUGUGAAGACAGUCCCUGUGCUCAGGGCUCCGAGGGAUUUCAGAGGAAACUGCCCAGCCCUGCCCUCAGAGGGGGAGAAGGCCCCGUGUCUGCCGGCCGCACGCGGGCCGCUUGUGUGCAGCCUGAGCCCCAGCCGCGGGAAGACCCCAAAGGCCCUCCCGGCAGAUCCGGUCACACUUCUCUGCUUUAAGCCUUAGCCAACUAGUGACAAGUAAAACCAGUAAUGCCCAUGUGUUUUGGAACAUUUAUGUAAGAUUGUCAUAUGAAAUGUAUUUGGGAACUACAUUAAAACUUUUAACUAAAA